GCGCCGCCCCGAGCCGCUGCCUCCGCCGCCGCAGCCGCAGCCGCAGCGGGCACAGAGCAGAUGGCCCCCCCAGGGCAGGCCCUGCGGACACCCCUCCCUCCGGCUGGCGGAUGCAGUGCCUAGCGGCUGCUCUUAAGGACGAAACCAACAUGAGUGGGGGAGGGGAGCAGGCCGACAUACUGCCGGCCAACUACGUGGUCAAGGAUCGCUGGAAGGUGGAGGAGGGCCUAGAGGGUCAGCUGAAAAAGAUCGGAGGCGGGGGCUUUGGUGAGAUCUACGAGGCCAUGGACCUACUGACCAGGGAGAAUGUGGCCCUCAAGGUGGAGUCAGCCCAGCAGCCCAAGCAGGUUCUCAAGAUGGAGGUGGCUGUGCUCAAAAAGCUCCAAGGGAAAAGCCACGUGUGCAGGUUCAUUGGCUGUGGCCGGAAUGAGAAGUUUAAUUACGUAGUGAUGCAGCUCCAGGGCCGGAACCUGGCCGACCUGCGCCGAAGCCAGCCUCGAGGCACCUUCACGCUGAGCACCACGCUGCGGCUGGGCAAGCAGAUCUUGGAGUCCAUCGAGGCCAUCCACUCCGUGGGCUUCCUGCAUCGGGACAUCAAGCCGUCAAACUUUGCCAUGGGCAGGCUGCCCUCCACCUACAGAAAGUGCUACAUGUUGGACUUCGGGCUGGCGCGGCAGUACACCAACACCACGGGGGACGUCCGGCCCCCCCGGAAUGUGGCCGGGUUUCGAGGGACUGUUCGUUAUGCCUCAGUCAAUGCCCACAAGAACCGGGAGAUGGGCCGCCAUGAUGACCUGUGGUCCCUUUUCUACAUGCUGGUGGAGUUUGCAGUGGGCCAGUUGCCCUGGAGGAAGAUCAAGGACAAGGAGCAGGUAGGGAUGAUCAAGGAGAAGUAUGAGCACCGAAUGCUGCUGAAGCACAUGCCCUCCGAGUUCCACCUCUUCCUGGACCACAUCGCCAGCCUCGACUACUUCACCAAGCCUGAUUACCAGUUGAUCAUGUCGGUGUUUGAGAAUAGCAUGAAGGAACGGGGCAUCGCUGAGAAUGAGGCCUUUGACUGGGAGAAGGCGGGCACCGAUGCCCUCCUGUCCACGAGCACCUCCACUCCACCCCAGCAGAACACCCGGCAGACGGCAGCCAUGUUUGGGGUGGUCAACGUGACGCCAGUGCCUGGGGACCUGCUCCGGGAGAACACUGAGGACGUGCUGCAGGGCGAGCACCUGAGCGACCAGGAGAACGCACCUCCAAUCUUGCCUGGCCGGCCCUCUGAGGGGCUAGGUCCCAGCCCCCACCUGGUCCCCCACCCUGGGGGUCCUGAGGCUGAAGUCUGGGAGGAGACGGAUGUCAACCGGAACAAACUCCGGAUCAACAUCGGCAAAGUAACUGCAGCCAGAGAGAAGGACACCCCUUGUGUGGUGGAAGAGGAGCAGAGCCGAGGUGUGGGGGUCCCUAGCUCCCCGGUGCGUGCCCCUCCAGACUCACCGACAACCCCAGUCCGUUCUCUUCGCUACCGGAGGGUCAACAGCCCUGAGUCUGAGAGGCUUUCCACAGCCGACGGGCGGGUGGAACUGCAUGAGAGAAGGUCACGGAUGGAUCUGCCUGGCUCCCCCUCGCGCCAGGCCUGCUCCUCGCAGCCGGCCCAGAUGCUAUCAGUGGACACGGGCCACCCCGACCGGCAGGCCAGCGGCCGCAUGGACGUGUCGGCCUCUGUGGAACAGGAGGCCCUCAGCAACGCCUUCCGCUCUGUGCCACUGGCCGAGGAGGAGGACUUUGACAGCAAGGAGUGGGUCAUCAUUGACAAGGAGACGGAGCUCAAGGACUUCCCCCCGGGGGCCGAGCCCAGCACGUCGGGUACCACGGACGAGGAACCUGAGGAACUGCGGCCACUGCCUGAGGAGGGCGAGGAGCGGCGGCGGCCAGGGACAGAGCCAACUGUCAGGCCCCGGGGCCGAGGUGUGCACACCCUGGCUGAGGAGGACCCUCGGCAGACUCCAUUCCAGCCCCCACCACCCCAGCUGAGCCAGGCGGAAGGCCGGUCAGAGACGUCGCAGCCUCCCACGCCCGGCAGCCCUUCCCACUCGCCACUGCACUCGGGACCCCGCCCUCGACGGAGAGAGUCGGAUCCCACGGGCCCACAGAGACAGUUGGAGGAGGACAGACUCUCGGGGCACUCCCUCCCGCGGUACAGCCCUCUGCGACGACUGGCGUCCUCCGUGUUCUCCUCCUCCACGCUGGAGACCGAGCAUUACCCUCACCCUGGCGGCGGCGGCUCCUCCGGUUCCCUCAUUCAGCGCAGCCGCUCGGCGGAGAGCAGCCCCGUGCGGGCGCCCCACCGGCGCCACGCUCCCCUCGCCGCCGGCAACCACAGACUCGUGCCCUCGGUGCUCCGCAUCUCGCGGUCCCAGCUGCAGCAGGUGUUCUCCGUGGCGCCCCCGUUUGAGGUCAAUGGUCUCCCUCGAGCUGUGCCUCUGAGCCUGCCCUACCAGGACUUCAAGAAAGAUCUCUCUGAUUACCGAGAACGGGCUCGGUUGCUCAACAGGGUCCGGAGGGUGGGCUUCUCCCACAUGCUGCUCACCACCCCCCAGGUACCACUGGCUUCUGUUCAGCCUCAAGCUAAUGGGAAGGACGAAGAGGAAGAGGAGGAGGAAGAAGAGGAGGAAGAGGAAGAAGAGGAGGAGGAAGAUGAAGAGGAGGAGGAGGAAGACGAGGAGGAGGAGGAGGAAGACGAGGAGGAGGAGGAAGACGAGGAGGAGGAGGAAGCAGUGGCUCUAGGGGAGGUGCUGGGGCCUCGAAGUGGCUCUAGCAGUGAGGGGAGUGAAAGGAGCACGGACCGGAGUCAGGAGGGUGCCCCAUCCACGCUGCUGGCUGACGACCAGAAGGAGUCCAGGGGCCGGGCCUCCAUGGCUGACGGGGACCUGGAGCCCGAGGAGGGCUCCAAAACGCUGGUGCUCGUCUCCCCUGGUGACAUGAAGAAGUCUCCUGUCACUGCCGACCUGGCCCCUGACCCUGACCUGGGCACUCUGGCUGCCCUCACUCCUCAGCAAGAGCGGCCCCAGCCCACGGGCAGCCAGCUGGACGUGUCUGAGCCGGGCACCCUGUCCUCUGUGCUCAAGUCUGAGCCCAAGCCCCCUGGACCUGGGACGGGGCCGGGGGCCGGGGCAGUGACCACAGGGGCGGGAGGGGUGGCCGUCACCUCCUCACCCUUCACCAAAGUUGAGAGGACCUUUGUGCACAUUGCGGAGAAAACCCACCUCAACGUCAUGUCUUCCGGCGGACAAGUGUCCCGGUCUGAGGAGCUGGGCGCUGGGGGUGAACUGGGCCUGGAGGCGCCCUCUGAUGGGAGGGCUGUGGAGGAGGGGGCCUCCCUGCCCCUAGAGAAUGGCAUUGCCCAGUCAGGGCUGGAGAGCGGUGCUCUGGCUGGCCCUCCCGGGGACACCCCCCCGGAGGUGGCCACAGACUCACUGCCCAAUGGCCCAGCCCUUGCCAACGGGCCGACUCCAGUGUCCCCGCUGGAGCCAGGCCCCGAGAAACUGGCCACCAUCUCCCCCAGCCGCCAUGCCAUGGCAGGCGCUCGCCCCAGGAGCCGGAUCCCCGUCCUGCUGUCUGAGGAGGACACAGGCUCGGAGCCCUCAGGCUCCCUGUCGGCCAAAGAGCGGUGGGGCAAGAGGGUCCGGCCACAGCAGGACCUGGCGCGGCUGGUGAUGGAAAAGAGGCAGGGCCGCCUGCUCUUGCGGCUGGCCUCCGGGGCCUCGUCCUCCUCCAGUGAGGAGCAGCGCCGGGCUUCAGAGACGCUCUCCGGCACUGGCUCGGAGGAGGACACACCUGCCUCGGAGCCUGCUGCCCCCAGGAAGGCUGGGCGGGUAGCCACCACCCGGAGCCGGAUUCCCCGCCCCAUCAGCAUCCGCAUGCCCACGCCUGCUGCAGCCCAGCAGCCUUCUGCUGCCAGCAGACCCCAUGGCGCUGGCCCCGCCUCCGACACAGCCAUCACCAGCAGGCUCCAGUUGCAGAAGCCUCCAGGGUCGGCCGUCGCUGCUGAUCUCCGCCCCAAACAGUCCCCCGGUCGGGGCCCGGGGCCAGGGAGAACCCCAGCCGGCACCAGGCCCCCUGUCCCGCGCAGUCCAGGCCCCUCCGCCUCUGCCGUGCCGCGCCACCCCAGCGCGUCCCCCCGGAGCCAGUCCCUGUCCCGCAAGGAGAGCUCCUCCCCCUCGCACCAGGCCCGGCCCACUGGGCCCCCGCCUCGGGGCGCCCCGCAGGCCCGGGCCCAGCCUGAUGGCACCCCCUCCCCGGGGGGGCCCAAGAAAGGACCCAGAGGGAAACUCCAGACUCAGCGCGCAGCAACCAAAGGCCGGGCGGGGGUCGCGGAGGGCCGGGCCGGGGCCAGAUAAUGACGCGCGCGGCUCUCCGCGGCCCCCCACCCUCACCCCGGCCCCCCACCCGCAGCCGGCCACACUGAAACAGCUCCCAGCACAGCCUUACGCGCCUGACGCGCGCCACCCGCGGCCCCAGCUUCCCGCCUGCACCCGCGAGGACGCGCGCCAGCACUCGCCGCGCCCGCCCCCCGGCCGGGCCGGAGGGGGGCGCCGCGCCGCGGGGGGAGGGCCCGCUCCCCCGUCCUCUGCCCCACCUCCGUGACCCCUGCCCUCCCCCUGCCGCCCUUCGGGUGGGGCAGGCUCACCCUUGGCCCCGGGGAAGGCUCAGCCACUUUUUCACCGAGGACUCCAGUAAUGGGGACGCCCUCCCCCACCCCUUCGCCCACCCGCCAGGCCUCUGCUGCUCUCCGUGCACCUCCAGGGACCUCUGCUUACACCUCCUGCGGCGCCUUCCCCUCUUCCCGGCCUUCUUCCAGCCCAAGCCAACCUGCACGGAAAGGCAGCCUCAAAUUCCGGAAGUGGAAGUUCCAGCCAACCCCACAAUCUCCUGGGAGCUGUGAUGGUCCCCUUAGCUACCAGCCUGGGGUUGGGGAGCUGGGACCUAGGGACCACUGGUCUACUCAGGUGUGAGAGGGCAGGUCUAACCAGCCCAAAUUCAGCUCCAUCCUGGACAUCCCUGGGGGAGGUAGUGGGCAGGUGAUUGGGGGGCUGCUCUCCUGCACCCCCAGGGUGCAAAGUUCUCCUCCCCAUAAAUUUGGGUGGGUCCUCAGUGGGAACCGUAGAGUGUGUGUGGGGGCUGCCUUCCUGGUCACAUGUUUCCCAAUGGGAAGUUGGGGGGGGCUUUAAAAAAGGUUUCACCCUCUCCCUUGGCCUCCUGAUCUAGUGCUCAGGACCCCUCACCAUCAGGAAUUCCUUCUUGCCAUCUAACCUCAACCCUGCCUGCUGCAGUUUCAGCCAACCUCCCUCUCUCUUGAGUUCAGUGGAGGUGGAGGCUGGUUUUCAUCUUCUCUGCACUGGCUAUUUAGAGAUUCAGGGACUCAGUUCUGGCCGGGUCACACUUUCUGUCCUCCUGGGGAUGGGGAGGGGGCUGGAUCAGACCAUCAUCUUCCCCAGUGGGCAGAGAAAGCAGAAACAGGCAGGUAGACAGCUGGCCCCUGGACUCAAGGUGGAAAGGCCUUUCUAACUUCCAGAUUGUGUGCUUGUGUGAUGGGUCCGGCCCAAGUCCCGUUCUCCCCCAGCUAACCCUUCAGACUGUCCCUUCUUGUACUAACCCCAGCCCAUGCAUCUGAGUUGUCCCUGCAGAGGGUAAGGGCUGUGGUGCUCCAUGAAUGGAUAUGGGGCUUCCUUCUGGGUCUGGCUCCUGCAUAGCUCAUCCCACCUCAUCACGAGCCUCAACUGCCUCCGUCGGGCCAAGCAGCACCCUGGCUAUAGAAGGGACAGCCAAACUGUCUAUCUGGGAUAGGUCCCCUGCAGGCCUCCUCAGUCCUCAACACCCUCAGCCUCUAUCCCCUGGCCUGGCCCCUCUGUUCUUCUCUGGGUCCCAGAAGCAAGGCAAGGCAACCAGGGGAAGAGGAAGAAAGACCCUGACAUGCCCCAGCUGUCUGGCAGCAUCCAGCCACCAUCACUUAGAAGGACGCCCUUGAGGAAGUUGGCUCUGGAAGCAGUGUGGUGGUUGCCGAAGCCUCUCUUGGAGAGUCAGCAGGCUUGGGCAGCUCUUCCCAGACCAAGGUGGUGGCUUCUCUGCAAACGAGGCCAGGGGAGGACUCCAGGUUGGACAAGGUCCAUCUCAUGCUGACGCAGAAGCUCCCAGAACACUCAGGAAACCUCUCCGGACAGAGCCCUCUUUGUCAACCCGAGACCCUCCCAAGGCCUCUACUGCCCUCUGGGUCCAGCAAAGGGGGUGGAAGAGGGGCCACUCCCUCCCACCUAGAGCUUCUCUGAAUGACAAUCAGCUCGUGCCAGGUGGGGACCAGGGCAUGACCCCCAGUGCCCAGGUCCUGGGCCUGCUCCUUGCCACCAACCGAACCGUGAAUGUAGGGCCCCCAGCUUCAACCCUGCCCCAGGACCCACAACACCCUGGUUUGGUGUUGGGAGGAAAAGGGGGCGGUCUGAGAGAGCCCCAGACCCAUCCCACCCCCAGCUUCACCCAGCACUGGAGCUGGGCAGAGACGCAAAACCCUGUCUGCUCUUGGGAUUCCAGACCUCCCUAGGGCUCCCAUCCAUCCUCGGGCGUCUGCGUCAUUGAAUGUCACCGAGGGAAGGAGGGGAAGGGGCGACUGUGGAGGGGACCAGGGGACUGUCUCUGCUCCUCUCCCCAGGAAGGAUCCAGGGCAGAGGAAACCACACCUCCCCGUGUCCCCACCCCCAGCAGCAGCCUCUUUCCCCUCGAGCACCCAUCCCCUCCACUGAGCACCCAUCCUCUCCACCGAGCACCCAUCCCCUCCACCAAGCUGUCCUGGUCCUGAACCCCUUCCCUGUAAAAGAGUGUCACACCCCACCCCCACCAUCACCUCACCCCUCUAGCACUUCCCCAUUGCCACAACCUGUGUCAUUGGCUCAGAUGCAGGUCUGCUCACCCCAGAACAUGCCUCCCCUCCCAAGCCACACUGUGUACGAAGCAGGUGCAGGAGAAGGGCCGUGCCCCAGGCACAUGGGCUCCCCCUUUCCCAGCCCCUUACUGGGGCCUGGCUCAGUCUUCUCAGCUCUGGGGAUCAGCCCUGGUGGGCAUGGAGUUGAGGGGGCAGGGAGAUGCCCUCCCCCUCCCCCAGGGAAGCCACUGAAGAAUGUUUACACGCCAAACAGAAUGUAACACCCUUCCCCACCUCUUCCCAGUCACUGCAUGGCCUCUGCCCGCCCUGCACCAGCCCACCCCCACCCCGACACCCUGGAAGCCGCUGUCAUGAUUAGAUCGGGUCUUGGAAGGGAAGUAGCCAUCACACCAUUAAAAAGCCUGU